AAAGUUUCCCUUAUAGUGCGAAGGAGGAAGGGCCAGAAAAGAUCUUCGUCUUCAUCACUCGUUGAAAGAAACAAUGAAUUUUAAAGCCUCAGGAGUCGCAGCGUGAGCGGACAGGCACGAAGUUGAUUGCUGAAGGCCAGCCCUCGAUCAGGAAGUUCGCCAGUGAUUCAGCCUGAUCGGCACGGUGCGAGUCGCUCCGAACGGAGCUUUUGUGCCAGCGAAAUGCACGUCGACUCCAACAGCUGGCGACGUGCCAGCGCCGCGCAAAGCGAACGCAUCCGCGACAGCAACCGAACCGAGCAGCUGUUCCACGAGCUGCGCCUGCUCGUCGACCACAGCGGUGCCUCCACCCCGAUCCACCACCAUCACCAGCGCGACUCCGACGUUGCCGCCACUUCGUCGUUGACUCCGGUGUCUUAUUUUGCGUCUGGCAGUAGAAAGAUGCCACCCAAGAAAUCGGGCAGGGCGCUGCUGCGCGAGGAAGGACUCGAGAAGACGGACAACGACCUACCCUUAACCAGUUGGCCGCAGGUUCAGAUGAUCAAUCAGAAGAACUAUUAUACUGAAUACUUGAAGAGAGACGACCAGUACCUUGCGUAUCGCACUCUGCAAGAGGAGAACUCAAAUCGGCUGCGCAAGGAGGCGCUGGACAGAGCUCGCAAUGGCAUGCAAGUCAACGAGAAUGACACUCCCAUGGAUACCGACGUGCCAAUGGACGACGUCGUGGACACGGCUGGCAACCCGAACGAACCUCACGGAGCAAAGAUCAUCGUCAUUCAUCCAGGCAGCCAGAACCUGCGCAUUGGGCUCGCGAGUGACGUGUUGCCCAAGACCGUGCCUAUGUGCAUAGCACGCAAAUGGAAGGAGAGUGAGUCAGAAGAAGGUGAUGGCGAGCCAGCGCCGAAGCGACUCAAGAUGGCGACAGAGGGCCUGCCAAGAGACAAACAGCACUUGUCUAAGCAGGGCAUCUUUGGUGAAGACUUCCAGGCCACGUAUGCGACAAUGGCAGCAGAUCUGAAGGUGCGCCUUCGAGCCAAAAAGAUCAAGAUCUUGCCAGCACAACGGGAUUUGGUUCAGAAAUUCAACAUGCAGCAGGAACCGCAGAUCAUCUCCGCACAUAAUGACCCCCACCAGAUAGAUUGGACAGAAGUCUCGCCAAAUAAAGCACCGGAGCGCUUCACAGGCAUGGCGGCCCUGCGCAUUCCGGACAAGUCAACGCCGCGCUACCGGCUGACAUGGCCCCUUCGCCAGGGAUGGUUCAACGAACGCGACUACCACGACCGGAACCUUCUUCUAGAUGACUUCUUUGCGAUCAUCGAGGAUGCGCUAAAGAUGGAGCUGGGACUCGGGAGGCGGGACUGGAAAGACUACAGCUGCUGCUUCGUGAUACCAGAUUUGUAUGAGCGCAACUACGUCACACUCAUACUGGACAGUCUGAUGCGUGAAUUCGGUUUUCAACGCGUGUGCUUCAUACAGGAAAGUUUGGCGGCAUCGUUUGGCAACGCGCAGACUUUGACUUGUAUAGUUGAUAUUGGCGCGCAAAAGACAUCGAUCUGCUGUGUUGAAGAUGGCAUGUGCAUUGAGGACUCACGAAUGAACCUCAAAUACGGUGGAUGGGAUGUAACAGAGCUGUUUAUCAAAAUGAUGCUUACAGAUCAGUUCCCAUAUGCGGACAUAAACCUCCGAAGACGGUACGAUUAUGUUCUAGCCGAGGAGCUGAAGGAGAAGUUUACGUCCAUGAAGGAGGAAGAUGUGGUCGUACAGUUAUACGAGUUCCACCUCCGUGCUGCAAACCAAGACACCCGGAAAUACCAGUUCAAGACCUUCGACGAGCCCAUGCUCGCGCCAUUAUCAUUCUGGUAUCCGGGGAUACUCGACCAUUCCGCAAAACUCGAGGGCAGGCGAACAGUCAUUGACCGGAGCUACGACCUGUAUGACGGCACCCCUAACGACCCUUACUCGGCGGCACAAGCCAAUGCCCAGAACUGGACGAGUCAGUAUCUGCCGUUUACCAUCUCAGCACCAGCACAAGGACCGACAGCAGCACCGGCACCGGCACCGCUAGCAGGACCAGAAUCUGCAUCAACUGCAGCAAUCACGGCCACGCCUAGCAAGCCCAAACCUUUUAAUCUGCUGUCCCGUCUCCCUCAGGAUGAUGCUGAAUCCACACCUCGCUCCUCAGUCGCAGGCUCGCCCGCGCCAGAAGGCACUGGAACACCAGAUGCCUCGCGUGCUUCACCUGGGCCGAACACAGCCGAAGGAGGUGUACUUCCAAAUGGCGGCCCUGUCAUAGACAAAUCAACUGAGGCAUUGCGUCUUGCCGAGGAACGCGAUCGCAUUCUUCCCCUGAUGCCGCUGGAUCUCGCUAUCCUGACGUCAAUCCGUGAGGCAGCACGUUCGGAUGAGCGCAAGAUGCGUGACUUCUUCCAGUUCAUCACCGUUGUCGGUGGCGGGGCAAAGAUUCCCCAUCUCCUGAACUUCUUGCAGGAGAAGCUGAGAGAGAUGGUGCCUGGUUUUGGCGAGAAGGGCGUCAUAGUCGCGGGCCCUCAGAGGGAGCUAGAUAGCGGGGUUGUAGUUUGGAAGGGGGGCAGUGUAUUUGCGAGACUGAGCAGCAGCGGAAACGACAGUUGGAUUUGGAGUAGGGAAUACGAUCUCUUAGGAAGUAAGUUGCUGGCUCAAAAGUGCAUGUGGAACUGGUAACUCUAGAGUGGAAAGAAUGGUCGGCUUUGUCACAGUACGAGACGCAUGUAUGCAAGGAUAAAAAGGCAGAGAGGUAUUGAAAAGUUUAAUGCUAACUCGUUCACACUCCAAUCCUCAUCUGUCACCUCUUUUUUGCUUUGAAUCGGAUUUUCGGGAAACGAAUAGUAUUAUGACUCCCUUGGAAAAGUUUGACGAAGAUACGAACGAUCGGAAUAGGCAAAUAUUGGCUGAUUACCCAACAGCCCGAAGAAACUCAAUAUUGUGCCUC